UCCAAAUGAUGGGCCUAACGAACGAUACCAUUCAAACGAUCAACCACGUAUAACACUCGAGAUUACAUGGUUACUGCGCACGCGCGAAAAAAUCCCACCAUCCUGCAUCACUGACUGGAGAAGAUGUCGUUGCGGUUGACAGGCCUGCCGGUGUCCGUAGCAAUUAACUCACUCAUGUCCCGUCGUGCGCGAGGGGCAGGUUCGUUGUCCCGUCAUUCGCAAGGAAUUUGUUCGCGGGUGAGACAAGUUUACGAAAAUUUGUGCAGUGCGAGAUCCGUGUAAUGUGAAAACAUCGCUGCAGCAACCAUGCUCGCCGUGUGUGCGAGUAAAUAGGAAUACGGAGCAGGACAACGGGAGGAAAGAGAGAGAGAGAGAGAGAGAGAGAGAAAGACAGAGUGAGAGUGAGAGAGAGCGCGAAGCAGCACGUUUGUCAGAUCGGCGUGCCGUCGUGUCGCGGUAGUGAUAUAUAUAUGUAGAGAGAGAGAGAGAGAGAGAGAGUGUGUGUGUGUGUGUCUCGAAUUGGGUGAUACCAUUGAUACGGCGAGCAGGAUAAAAAGAAGAAAAAGGAUAUAUACGCGCGUAGGUGGACGGAAGACGUGCGAUCCUAGGGAAUCUCGGCGCUACGCCGUUGCCUGUCCGGAUGUCUACGAAUGCGCUCCUCCGAGUCGAGUGAAGUCGCGUCAAGUCGCGUCGAGUGAAUCGAGCCGAGAAGAGAGAGAGAGAAAGAGAGAGGAGCGCGGAUCGCGAAGGUGGAUCUCGAUCGCGCGCGAGCACACGCUCGCUCGCGUAGAUCUCGAUUCAUGGAGAUGCCGAGGAUCGCGGGACGCGCCAGCAACAACAUCGCCAGCAUUACCGGCAUCAGCGGGAGCGACGACAACAGCAACACAGAAGCCGCGCGCAGGAAGAACGGCCGCCACGGUAAUGCCGUGCUGCGUCGUGUCGUCAGAGCGUGAGCCGCGCGAUUCCUCGAGUCGUCGACUGUCGUUCCGGCAUCCCGGCGACGGUCGCCGGGCACGAGAGACGGGUCGAAAUUGCUAUGGGCUCGUCCGGACCGACGACGUUGCUGUUCGACGCUGCAUCGAGCCUCGUAUUUGGAUUCCUUCCGCUCCCGUGACGAUCGUCGACCAGACCCCGCCAGACCAAGUGAAUUUAAGAGAAGGUGCAUCCCAAAAGAGAUACGCUUCCUCGAGUACGCGCCGCACCCUGCCGCGUUCCUCUAAGGUGUAAACACUAGUUCGGAGAGGUUAGACUGGCACGAAAAAUUGAUUGUCCCUCGGAGGUGGCAUCGUCCGUCGAACUCUGACAGUCAACCAGCCCCCUCGGCGCGCGCUCUCCCCCUCCUCACGCCGUCGCCGUCGCCGCCCGCGCGUCCUUCCCUUCCGCGCGCCCUAUAAUACACCUAGUAUAUACCGCGCCCGCGCGUGCCCUUUUCCGCUUGCGGAAACUGCGACGAGUGUCGUGUCGUGUUCCGUUUCUUAUUCCGUCGUGUCGCGGUGCCCGCGGCUUCCCGGGGGCAUCAAGAUAUGCCCUGCACGGGGAUCGAUCCCCGUCACUGAUCGAGAAACUAACAUCGUCGUCGUCGUCAUCGUCGUCGAGGAGCGAGUGUGGUGAAAAAUCCGUGCGACUGCGUGUUGAUCGUCGAAGUUGAUUCGGUUCGUGCGUCGUGGGAUUUAUUUUUGUAAAUAUCUACCGCAACCGUGGAUAGCAACGGCCGGUACGAGAUGCAGAAACGAGACGGCAGGGACAACCGCGGCGACAAGGAGCUCGGAGCGCGUAACUCUGAGCGCGAGCAGGAGGUCGCCAAGCGGACCUCCAGGGGCAGCGGUAAUGCCGCCCGGUCGAACGUGCACUCGUCCCGGCACAGCGUCACCUCGUCCUCCGGCGUGCUCAUGGUCGGCCCGAACUUCCGGGUCGGCAAGAAAAUCGGCUGUGGAAACUUCGGAGAGCUUCGUCUCGGGAAGAACCUGUACAAUAAUGAGCACGUAGCAAUUAAAAUGGAACCAAUGAAGUCAAAGGCACCACAGCUACAUUUAGAAUAUAGGUUUUACAAAUUAUUAGGUACACAUGUUCAUAACACACAUAUAGAGGGUAUACCGGAGGUGUACUAUUUCGGCCCGUGUGGGAAGUACAACGCCCUGGUGAUGGAGCUUCUCGGACCCAGCCUCGAAGACCUUUUCGACCUCUGCGGGAGAAGGUUCACCCUCAAGACCGUUCUCAACAUUGCCACACAACUCCUCCAUAGGAUAGAAUACGUUCAUAGUCGGCAUUUGAUAUACCGCGAUAUCAAGCCGGAAAAUUUUCUGAUAGGACGAUCCACUACGAAGCGGGAUAAGAUUAUUCACAUAAUUGAUUUUGGACUAGCCAAAGAGUACAUAGACCUGGAGACGAACAAGCAUAUACCGUAUCGGGAACACAAGAGUCUCACCGGCACAGCGCGUUAUAUGAGCAUUAACACGCAUCUUGGCAAAGAGCAAAGCAGAAGAGACGAUCUGGAGGCACUGGGUCACAUGUUCAUGUACUUCCUACGUGGCAGCCUGCCGUGGCAAGGGCUAAAGGCCGAUACACUGAAAGAACGAUAUCAGAAGAUUGGUGACACGAAACGAGCAACGCCAAUAGAGGUGCUCUGCGAUGGCCAUCCCGAGGAGAUGGCCACAUAUCUGCGUUACGUACGCAGGCUGGACUUCUUCGAAACGCCGGAUUACGAGUACUUGAGGAAGCUCUUCCACGAUUUAUAUGAGAGACGUGGUUUCGUCAAUGACGGCGAAUUUGAUUGGACCGGCAAGACAAUGGUACGUCCAAGCAACUUUGAACAAAUGAGAGCGCUGCGGAUGGCGGCCCCCUCGCACAUUGGCAGAACCAAAUCCGACAAGUCCACGCCCGUCGGAUCCCUUCAAACCGGCCAGGAGAUCGUUGUAUCGCCAAAUCGUGAUCGGCAUCCCGCCGCUUAUAAGGACGUGACAGGUGGAGGGGUGGGAGGUGGGGGCGGUAAGGGGGUGGGAGCCACGUGGCCAGAUACUGUGAAGCAAUCAGGAGCCGGUGGUACAUUGACACCUGCUGACAGGCACGGUUCUGUACAGGUGGUGUCGUCGACUAAUGGAGAGCUAGCCAAUGAUGAUCCGACCGCUGGUCACUCCAAUACACCAAUCACAGCACCUCAAGAAGUGGACAUGAUCGACGAAACCAAAUGCUGUUGCUUCUUCAAGCGCAAGAAGAAGAAAAGUGGAAGGCAGAAAUGACUGUCCGUUACCGUUGGUCUCGGGGGGGCGGUGCAGUGCGCGGGUAAUAGUGCUGACGAGUCUGCCGGAGGGGUCGUCGAGGCGCACGCCGUCGUUGCGACGUCGAGGACGGGGAAACGUAUCGCGGCAGGAACGGCCGCGGGGAUGAUGAACGCAGUAGGUACAGCGGCCGAUACUGCCAGCAGCGCUGAUCCCGAGAGAGAGGCCGUCACUCUGCUACGCAUCGGCAGCCGAUCCGCGUCACGGGACUCGGUGCUGCACACAACUGUCACGAUGACGCCGACGCCGACACCGCCACCACUGUCGAACUGAACAACCACUAUCACCAUUAUCAUCAUCAUCAUCAUCAUCGCCAUCAUCGUACAACUAUUCUAUUACCGUCGCCACUAUUAUCAUAUUAAUUGGACAAUUGCGCGACUCGGUCGAGAGAAUAAAGCUACUUUUUCUGUGGCCAAUCGAGCUGUGAUCUUUUCGAUAAAUAGGCGGACUCGCUAACGACAAUUCGACCUACAACUAAUUUCCGUUUUUCAGCGUAAUAAAAUCGAAAUUCUGUAGUAUUUUCGCGUUAUCACUGCGAUUAGAAUUGUUUUUAGCUAUGUCUGCUGCAAUAAUUGCAAAGAAAGCGCGGCCGAUCCGUGAAGAACUUGAUAACAUGUUUCUUCGUUGAAUCUUUGCGGAAAUUAUCGGAUCCGCUUUAAAAACUCUCUCUUUUAUUUAUUUUAUACGUUGUACAAACAUAUGUAUAAGAAUACACUUGGACAAAGUAAAUGUAUUCUGUGACACGCGCAAAUAUGGAAUUUUUAGAGAAAAUUUAAUUAUUGGUUUCUAAUUAUUAAGACCAAUAAUUAAUAUGACAGAAUGCAUUUUUCUUUGUAUUUUUCUUUCUUUCUUUUUUUUUCAUAAUGCACUGCAGUGUGAAAAUUCACAAAACAUAAAAUUGAAACAAAUUUUGAUAUAUUUAUCCGGCAAGAUGUGACUGACUUCUCGUUCCUUAAGCCAAUAAAUUUGAUUGUUGGGUGCUUAGAUGCAUUUUUUUAAAUUUAAACUAAAUUAAAGUAAAAUUAAUGACAAAUUCACCAGCUAUCGGCAUCCAUAUUUUUCGAUGCAUGUUGCAUGCAUUUUGCAUGUGCAUUUCGUUUGAUUCAUUUUUUCUCUGCUCUUAUCAUAGCAAAUGAGUCGAUGAAUAUUCUUAGUGGCCUUGAGCUACUGAUAGAAGUCAAGAGACGUUGGCGAAUCCACUUACCUACUUACUGAAUAAAUCCUCUCGUUUAGCCAAGAAAAGUGACCUCGUGUUAUUAUUAUUGCUACUAUUGUCAUGAUUACAUUUCAUCUUGUUGCUGCCCACUACUAUUACUACUUACUAUUGCUACUAUUACUACUAUUAGCAGUAUGAUUACUAUUAUUAUAAUGAUUAUUCUUUAUUAUUAUAUAUUAUUUUAUUUCAUUAUUAUUAUUAUUAUUAUUAUUAUUAUUAUUAUUAUUAAUCUCUAAUUAUUACGUUGAUCGUAUUUCUCAUUCUCAUUAUCAUUGUUAGUCAUGAUCAUCAUCGUUUCCAUUUUCAUCAUCAUUAUUAUUUCUAUUGUCUGCACUCAUGUUUAUCAAUUACAUUACUAUCGAUGUCAUCAACAUAUUGACAUGUUACUGUUGACUGAGAAUGAUCGUCGUCGGCCGGUCGUCGGUACCGGUGAACCAACGAAUGGAGGAUUACAUAAAAGUAAAAAGGAAUUGACGUACCGAUGUUGAGAGAACACUUGUUUGUGCCUACGAUUUCUUCAUGUAUCACAGGGACGCUUUUUAAUAAUGUCACGUUGUGCGACGGACGGCCACGUUGGCGAUCGCAUAUAUACUGUGAAUUAUAACGAAUUGAAAUUAUCACAGAUCUCAUUGUAUAUUCACAGCCUCGCAGGAUAAACGAGCGUAGUGUAUUAUCCCAAAUUUAUUGUAAUCGAAAGAUUUCGAUUGUCGCGAAAUCUGACUAUAAUUCUCUGAAAGGCAUGAAACUAAAAAACGACGAUCGCGUUUAAGGGAUUCAGGAAUGGGAUUAAAAUAUCGAAUAAUUGUGAAUAAGUAUUCUCGCUUUCGCGUCUCUAUGAAUAGGGAGAAUGUGUAGUGUGCCCACCUUAUAAAGCGAAAAUUUACAUGCCUGAUUUUAUAUUACGUAUCUUUUGAUUUCGGAUUCUUUUUUUUAAUUCUAUCUAUCAAGAAAUAAUUUUAAUAUAUAUUGGAAUAUUUAUAAUGUAUGAUUUUGUAUCUACAAACAGAUUUUGUAAUUUUAAUUUUGAGUUAUAUAUUGUAGAAAAUACGAAAGAAUAGAGCAUUAGAAUUUAUUAUUAAUAAACAUUAUCAAUCAUAACAUCCGAUAUGUACAGAAUUAUCUGAAUGCGUGUUAAUUGUUGAAAUGGUUACUUUGACAUCUAGACUGCCUGUUUUUUCUAUACGAGGAUCGUAUAUGUACGAUAAUUCUACCAACCACGUCAUCGUCAGUUCCACUCCGCAUAUCAAUCACAAUCACGGAUUAUGAUUGAUAUGCAAUAAAAAUUCAUGCUAUAUGACUAAUAUUUAUUUCUUAAACGAAACGCAAAAUAUCUUUGAAUAUUUUUUUAUAUCACAAUAUCGUUUGCAUGUUUUUUAAGUAAUUUUUCCAUUCGCCUGCAUAAUUAUUUUAAAUACACCGAAACAGAAAAUUCGCACAUUUUCCAAGCAAUAUAAAAAAUUUCGGUUUCAUGCCUUUCAAAGACGAAAUUAUCAUAAGAGAGAGUGACUUACCCUGCGCGAUUGAAACAAUUACAUUUUACAUAACAUAUCGAUGAAAUAAGGUUUUUCUGUCGGUAGACUUUAUAGCAUAUAUAAUGAAAGUUUAUUAAAAUGUAAAUGUGCGAGAAGAACAAGUUGAAAUUACGUGACACUCGUGGCAGUCGAUUUGUUUUUUUCAUCACCGAUUAAAAAAAAAGAGGGAAAACGAAAAAAGAUAAAUAAAACAACCGGUUUUUUUUUCUAUAUAGAUUAUCCUCUGAGAAGAGAGUGCGACAUUCGAGGAUAGUUCUUGUUUCCAUGCAUUUUCGAGGCGAUUAUCAAAAAGAAUAUAACGAGAAGUGAGAGAAGAAAGAGAAGUAACUGUUUGCGCUAGAUUCUGUUUCGAUUUCUUCAAGACUUACGUCGGAAUUGAUAAUAAAAUCUGAAUGUUAUACGUGAUUUCUGUUCGAAACAAAGACGCAAAAUCGGAUAAUAUACAAUAAUGCAAAGAUUCAUUGUAACAAGAGCUCUCUGCUAUGAACAUAUUUAAUCAUUAUUCUCCCCGUAUAAUGUAACAAGAAAAGCUUUACGUUGCGAGGCAUUUGCAGAGAUUCAUAUGGAGUGAGACGUGCGAUUUUCUAUUAAUGCGCAUUGAAUUUCGCGACAUUGAAACAUUUAAGCGACCAAGAGAUAAAUGAGCCAAAAAUAUAGAUUGGAAUAUUAUGGAAGAGCAAAAGGAUCCUGUCAACCGUAUCGAUUAAACGAAAAUAUGAUAAAUGACGAAGGAAACUUACACCCAAAGGUCCACACUUACGCUAGUCCGGCCGAUGACUUCGUACCGAUAUUCGUGAGAGAUGUACGCGCCGUUUAUAUUGUGUAACACGUGUUUUGCAUACACAUCACUUUGUAUCCAUUACAUACUCGCCGACAAGUGCGUCCGACGACAGAAACCCAUGUACUUACGGAGUUAUUGCGUAUUCGAGCCGUAUUGUAAUACACGGCCGUGCUCUCGUGUACGAUAUAAAGCGAAUGAAAGACGGAAGAGAGGGAGAGAACCGCUUCUGUCGGACAGUCUUUGAAAAACGUGAUACGCUUAAAAAAAAAAAAUAGAGAUCAGAAUCUCUAGAUUAUAUACUCUGUGAAUUUCCUCUCUCUUUCUCCUUCUCUCCCUCUCAUUAUCUGUAUCUUCCUCACUAUCAAUGAACGCACCGAGGGUAUCGUUCCUUAAUUUUGUGAACUAGCCGUGAUUGACAAACGCCGAAACAGUCGAGAUGUAGGCGGAAAGAGAGUGAGUGAUCUGAUGAAUGAUUGAUGAUAUCCGUAUGUGUAUAUGAUUCGCGUACGUGGAAAAAGAACGAGUUGAAAAGAGAUGUUACUUCAGAGCGCUUUUCUUCUUCGACGAGGCUGAUUCGUAGUUUCGCGUAAGUUGUAACUAUCACAUACUCUACUGUACAUAAGACGCCGAAUCGCGUACGCGAUUAUUCGUGUACGCAUUCUGUGAAUCGUCCUCGCGAGUAAAAAGUUGAUUCACGCGAUUCAAUAGCGAGCGGCACAUAUUAUUGUAAUAUCCGAUUGCGAGGAGAAGACGCGCGCGAGAGGUCCGCGCGACAGAGGGAGAGAGAGCAUCUCCGAUAUUUAUAUCACUGUCCUGCCACACCGGGAAAUGUACGUUGUUGGCGUUAAUUAUAAUAACAAAUAUCCUGUUGCGCGAGACAUUUAGCCCGUAGUUUUUUAGCCGAUUUUUCAAAGCGCGCGCGGGCAAAGUCACACAAUUUUUAUUAAUAUAACACGACUGACUGCUGGUUAAGUAUGGUUGUGAGCAAAAGAGAAUCCUCAUCUCCUCGGACAUUGUAAACAGCACACAGACAUACACACGAACCUUUCCGUUUUUUUCCCUAGGUUAUUACAUAUCUUGCACGGAGAGAGAAGCGAUUGUCAUGCAUUAUGCGCUUAGGAAUGGGAUUAGCUCGUUGUAAUGUAAAAUUAUCAUUUUCGCUCGAAAUCUUUUUGUUUUGUAAAUGAUACGAAUAGAUUGUGGAUCAGGAUCGAUGUAUCCCCAUGUCUUUCAUUCCCCUCGUCGACAAACGGCGAUGAUAUAUUGAUAUAUCGAUACCGCGAUCGUGCGUAUCUAUGGAAAUGAGGCUGCGUAACUAUUAAAAUAUCUUAUAAAGUGUAACUUGGAGGAAAGAAAUUGGUUAACGUUUUCCCUCGUGUGUUGUGAUCGUUUAGUUAUUGUAUUUUGAUAUCGUCGAUUUAUGAGUGUUGGAGAGAACCACCGUCUCAAUGAAACACAUGAGAUUAAGUUAUAAUAAGCACUAUAUAUAGUCUCUUGUAUGGAGAAAGUCAAAUGACGCGCAUAGUGAGGCUUAUACGCAUACACAUUUUUGACUUACUAUAUGUUCGUAUUGUUUUAAUGGACGAAUUGUUGAAAAAUAAAAUUGCUAUAAUUGCUAACAAUCAUAAUAAAUCGCCGUUUUCAUAAAAUUAGCAGAUUACGUGCAUUUGUGGUAUCGUACGCUUGUGUUGUGUAUGCGUGCAUGUGCAUUUAAUAUUUUAUUAUAGAAUACACGAAUUUUUUUUUACGAGACAAGAAACAUAAAAUCAGACGGUAUAAAGCGAUCGUGCGUGCGUGCGUCUGUGAAGUAUCAUUUUUGCAAUGUGCAAAAAACACACGAGGAGAAACAGAGUGAAAAAUUGAACUAAGGAAACAAAACAAAACAAAAACAAAAAAAAUAGAAAAUUAAUGUCCAAUACAAAACGUAUCUUUACUUCAAUUUGUGUCUACAUAUAGAGUUACAUUAUAACAAACGUAAUUUUUUCAGUACGAUAUUAUCAGUGUGAGACUAGUAUCUUUAUCGUGAUAAUUUUUUAUUAUUAUGUAAUCGAAAUAAUGCCGAGAAAUGGAUGUGUUCUUUAGGAAGAAGCUAAUGAAAUAAGAACGAAAUUACCAGGAUUGAGACUUCUUUUUUUGAAAAAUAACUCAUCGUUAUCAUUACUUAAAUCGCAAUGAGUCGUUACAAUUUCCAUUAUUUUUUUAAAUGCUAAUGCAAGAUUAAAUUUACAUAUUUAAAAAUUUAUAAUAUUUUAUAUUAAAAUAUAUAACACAAGUGAUAUAAUUUUAAUAAUGAUAUCGUUUACUUGAUUGAAAUAAAAUAUAAAUUUUGAUUGAUAUAAACUAAUUUUGAUAAUUAAGUUUGAAUAAAAAAAACUUUUAAAUACUGUAAAUGUCCAACAGUUUUUAUAUAAUGUUGCGUUUCAACACUCUUGAUCAUUAUUUAUAUGAAAAUAUCUUCAAUAGAUUCAAAAAGGUAAUAUAUGUAUCUAUUAAAUUCAUUAUAUAUUUUCGUUAUAAUAGUUACAUUUUCUAUUAGAAAUAAAAUUUGUAAGGCCGUUACCAUUAUAGUUACUAAAAAAAAUAAUUUGCUCUCAACCCUGGAAAUUACGUUUUAUUUGUAUAAAUUUUUUUUAUAGAAAUAGUAUCACGUACAUUUUAUGAGAUUGUUUCCCUUCGAUUUUGCCAGAUAACAUAAAAUCCAAAUCCGUAUAUAAUCCGAACAUUACAUCUUCUGAUAAAAUUCAAUGCAGCUUCCUUUAGAUGGAUUCGUUUUCUUUUCGGUCGUCUUGAAUUGAUCCACUUUACGUAUAUAGUGAUUAAAUUGUUUUGACAUUACUAUGAAAAUUAUAUGUGUGUUCGCAUACAUACAUACACACACACACGCAUGUGUAUGACAACUGUGUGUAUAUAUAUAUAUAUAUAUAGUCAUAUACAUAUGAUUGUGGAUAAGAGGAGAGAGUGGUUUACAUAAAAAGUGGACGAAAUAUAUACAACGAGACUGAAUGAUAUACAUAUACCGGACUAUAAAAAAAAAAAAAAAAGAAAAAUUGGUUGUCUUACAUUUGCAUUUUAUCGCACACGGUGUUUAAUAUUAUAUAUGUAUAAUACAUAAAUUAUAUAUAUAUAAUCAUAUAAGGGAAAAUCUCUCGGCUAUACCGUUUUUAAAGACAUGAAUAUGUACAUCUCCCCUAUAGUGAAAAGUUUACUAUAUAUACAUAUGCUGUGAUUACUAUUCUAUAUAUUUAAUUUUUAACUUAUAUACAAUAUUAAUUAAGCUUUAUUUAACAAGUAACUUAUACAAAACACUGUCUGACAAGACACUUCAAUAGAACUUAAAAAAAAAAGGGGGGGAAAAAGAAAAAGAGACUAUUGAGAUUUGCGUGGAAGCUUAUUCUUGUAAAUAUGUGUUGUGUCCAUUGCGCUUGGCAAGUAUGAAAAGAGAAAAAAAGUUCAUAUUGAA